GAACGCAUACAAGCGGACCAAGCGCCACGCCUACCCUGCUCUCUGAUAGGCCUAUUCAAUUACGCACAUCCUAUUCUCUCCUGAGUCCUGAGAGUCAUCUGAAAGUGAAAGUACGCAACGCUUGCACUGUUAUUUUUCGCUUAAUAAAUAGAUAUUGUAGGAUUUGCCGAAACAUGUCCAGAGGGCUACGCAAUCUGAGUGAGUGCUUUCUGCCGGACAAAUCCGGUGCGCGGAAGAGGAGCCGCGAGAUUGAUGCCAUGCUGAAACGAGACCGGCAAGUGGGGACUAUGAUCUUACUGUUCGGCUCGGAAAAGAGCGGAAAAGCAACUUUCCUUAAACAAAUGCGUAUUGUUAAGGGAGCCGAGUUCAACCAUGAAGAGCUGCUUGAAUUCAGAGAAGCAAUUUACGACAACAUUAUACGGGGUAUGAGAGUGUUGGUUCAAGAAAGAAAGAAACUGGGCAUUCCUUGGCAAAACUCAGCCAAUGAGAUGCACGAGAUGUUAAUUGAAUCUUUUGAGUGGAGAAAGAACUUUGAGCCCAGUGCAUUUCAACCUUAUGUUAGCGCUAUUGAUUCUCUCUGGAAGGAUUCUGGGAUUCAAGAAGCUCAUCGCAGCAGGACCGACUUUGAGCUGUAUGAAUCAGUAAAGUACUACUUUGACAACAUUCAUCGUAUUGGCCAACUGAACUACUUGCCACACAAUCAGGACAUUCUUUAUACACACAAAUAUCGGAGCAUAAAAAAGCAUUAUUUUGUUCUCCGUGAUAGCCCUUUCCUUGUUGCAGAAUGGGGUUUGAGAGAACCUUUGUCUCGGAUAUUUCGUAUCAAGCAUCCAAUCCUCUAUAUUAUUGGAUCCAGUGAUUAUGACCGAAUUUGUAACGAGUACAACUGCCUGGUUCAGUCAUUGUAUAUAUUUACGUCCCUCUACAAUAAAAAUAUGUUCCUCAACGACAUCAUCAUCCUCUUCUUUAACAAAAUGGACCUGCUGGCAGAAAAAGUACAGACUGCAGAUAUCCGGAAGCAUUUUCCUGAGUUCCAAGGUGAUCCUCACAGGCUGGAGGAUGUGCAGGAAUUCUUGAUUCAAAGUUUUAAAGAGAGGACAGGGAAUUACAGCAGGCCGGUUUUCUAUCACAUGAUCACUGCAGUGGACAUAGACAAUUUUCGUGAUGUGUUCAAGACUGUUGAAGACACAAUAAUGCGCAGGAACCUCAACGGAUUUCCUAUCCUGUAAGACAGGGUUUCCCAAAAGGAGGUUUAUGAGUUGCUGAAAAGCAAAUGAAUCACAAUAUAUGACAAAAAUAAUUGCAAUAUAAACAUUUGGCCAAGUUGUGCAGCCCUUUUUUUUUUUUUUUU